AUGGACGUGGACGUGGUCGUGGACGUGGACGUGGACGUGGACGUGGACGUGGUCGUGGACGUGGACGUGGACGUGGAGGACGUGGACGUGGUCGUGGACGUGGACUUGGACGUGGACGUGGACGUGGACGUGGAUGUGGAGGACGUGGACGUGGUCGUGGACAUGGACUUGGACGUGGACGUGGACUUGGACGUGGAAGUGGACGUGGACGUGGACGUGGACGUGGACCUGGAGGACUUCGACGUGGACGUGGACAUGGACGCGGACGUGGACGUGGACGCGGACGUGGACCUGGACUUGGACGUGGACGUGGACGUAGACGUGGUCGUGGACGUGGACGUGGACAUGGUCGUGGACGUGGUCGUGGACGUGGACGUGGUCGUCCACGACGUGGACUUGGACAUGGACGUGGACGUGGACGUGGUCGUGGACGUGGACGUGGUCGUGGACGUGGACGUGGACGUGGUCGUGGACGUGGACGUUGACGUGGAUGUGGACCUGGACGUGGACGUGGACGUGGACCUGGACAUGGACGUGGACGUGGACGUGGACGUGGACGUGGUCGACGUGGACGUGGUCGUGGACGUGGACUUGGACGUGGACGUGGACGUGGAAGUGGAGGACGUGGACGUGGUCGUGGACGUGGACUUGGACGUGGACGUGGACUUGGACGUGGAAGUGGACGUGGUCGUGGAGGACGUGGACGUGUACGUGGACGUGGACGUGGUGGACGUGGACGUGGUCGUGGACGUGGACAUGGAUAUGGACGUGGACGUGGUCGUGGACGUGGACGUCGUCGUGGAGGACGUGGACGUGGACGUGGAGGACUUGGACGUGGACGUGGACGUGGACGUGGACCUGGACGUGGACGUGGACGUGGUCGUGGUCGACGUGGACGUGGACGUGGACGUGGACCUGGACGUGGACGUGGACUUGGACGUGGACGUGGACGUGGACUUGGACGUGGACGUGGAGGACGUGGACGUGGUCGUGGACGUGGACUUGAACGUGGACGUGGACGUGGACCUGGACAUGGACGUGGACGUGGACUUGGACGUGGACGUGGACGUGGACUUGGACGUGGACGUGGACGUGGACGUGGACAUGGAGGACGUGGACGUGGAGGACGUGGACGUGGAGGACGUGGACGUGGACGUGGACGUGGACGUAGACUUGGACGUGGACGUGGACGUGGUCACGUAG